GUGUCUGCUGCUCGGUCCCAUCGGUGUCGGCCGGCUUCAACCAGAGGACUCUCACACAGUGAGUGGAAGCUCGGAGCCAUGUCAACCGCGGUCCUGAUGAUGAUAAUAAUGAUGAUGGUGGUGAAGAGUGAAGCUGAGGUCGUGGAGGUGUGGAUCUCUCCUGAGGUGACAAGCGUCAAGCUGGAGUCUGGCCUGCAGACCAAGCAGUACCAUGAAGUCCGCUGGACCUACAAAGACAUGCUGGUGAGAACCAAUGAGACGUCGGUGUGUGACAGCAGCCGCUGUCAGCUGCUUAGCGACGGCUCGCUGAUGUUGAACCACAUCACACACCGCUAUGCCGGAAACUACAAGAUGGAAGCAUUCGACAGCCAAGGCAGACAGAUGUACCAGAGAGAGUUCCGGGUGCGGGUGAAUGGAUCUUCUGCGGCUAGCCAGGAUGAGGAUCCAUCUACGACCUCCUCAGUCACACAGACCACUACUACAGAAAUGAUUUUGGACCCUCAGGAUGAGGAGCCAUCCACUUCCACAGAGCCUGCUACUCCAGGGCAGGACGCUUCAGGUUCCGGUCCGAGCUUCGCUGGACGCUCUGCAGCCAUCUGCUGCUCUGUGCUGCUGCUGCUGCUGCUCUUCAUCGCACUCUUCAUCCUGGUGAGGAAGAAGAAUCAGAUGAAGAGCUGUUCCAACUCAGGUCACAUGGAGAACGAGUACGUCGUGAUGCACCGUGGGAAGAUCAACCAGCAGGAGGAGGAUAUCUAUGUCAGCUGCGAACCUGCCGUUUCCAGGGAUACAGAUAUCUAUGUGUGACAUCCAAUCACAGCAGAGCUUGACUCUCACCUGUCACCUGGACCUCAUGUCAGACUGAACGUGUCCUGGAGUCUGGUUCUCCUUUGGAUCCCCAAGUUCUCCUGGUUCUCCAGAUUUUCUUUGAUUGGCUUGAUCUUGAUCCUCACAGGAAAUGUUUUUUUUUCUCUCAAAAUAGAGAGAUUCAGUUCAGCUUCUUUUAUCAGAUUCAGACUUUUUUGUGUGAAUUCUUCAAGCUGACUGACAGUUUUGAAACAAACCAGGGUGUGAACACAUGAACAUAGACUUGGACACACUGUGCUGCCCUUUAAGGGCCUUGACAAUGUGAUCAAGAAAAAUGAAAUCCAUUUGAAGCCAACUAAAGUUGACAUAGCCUUCAUCCAGGAAACAUAUAAAUAUGAAAAAAAUCCCUGGAAGUGAGGUGUUGGUGGGUGGAGGUUGUCUCAGCCCAGGAACUGGCAAACGCAGAGGUGUGUCUAUUUUGAUUACAAAAGCAAUUAACUUCAAUGAAACAGAUGUGGUAACAGACUCAGAUGGUCGACGUGUGAAGUUUAUGUUCAACUGUUGGAUCCAUUUGCUCUUUUAAUGUCUAGGCACCUAAUUUUGAUAAGCCAGGAUUAUUUCACAAUUUAACAGAACUUCUGUUGGACCUCGGGGAUAUUCAGAUAAUAAUAGGUGGGGAUUUUAACCAAGCACUGGAUCAAGAUCUUGACAGAUCAUUGACAGAAAGCAGAUCAGCAGCUGCCAUCAGACAGCUUGCUCCUGAAAAGAUAUUUGGAGAUUAAUGCACCCAGAUGGAAGAUAUUUUUCCUUUUUUUUUUUUUUUUGCUCCCCACAAUGUGGGGAGAUAAUCGGUACUAAAUUACACAAUAAAAAACCUGAGUACCCCUUUAGAUAAAUGAAAGUUUUAGAUCCUUUAACAAUACUCUUUAUUCAUCACAAGGUGAAUUGAAUAAGCAGAUGUUUGAAAGCUUUUUUGCUGAUAUCCAUCUCCCACGAUUAACUGACAGAGACAGAAACUUCUUAAGUGCCAAUAAAGUUAGAGGAAAUAUCCAAGGCAAUCAGAAGCAUGUCAUCAAAUAAAUCCUCCGGGUUGGGUGGACUGCCUUCUGGUUUUUAUAGAACGUUUGAAGACAUCAUUUACUCCGUGCUGCUUGAGGUGUACUUUGAUGCUUUUAAAAAUGGCACUUUACCACAGUCGAUGCAUACUGCAGUUAUAUCUUUCAUUCGCCAACAAGGAAAAGAUCACUUAGACCCGAGUGGCUAUCGUCCUUUUCCUAAACUCAACUGUGAUUAAAUCGCUCUGACAGCAUGUAGUAUACGACUCUCCAUCCACCCAACAAUCACUUCGUCACUAGAUGCUGCCAAGGGUUUUGGUUGUGUUGAAUGGCCUUAUCGUUUAAAGAUACUUGAAAAAUUCAGCUUGGCCAAAGUUUUAUUACAUGGAUGAAAACUUUAUAAAAUACACCUUAUGCUUGUGUUUUGACAAAUGGCCUUAUAUCUUGUCCAUUCCAGCUGCAUAGAUCCACAAGACAAGUUUUCCCUCUGAGUCCGGGCUUGGUCAUGCUGGCCUUGGAGCCCUUAGAGCAGAAACUGAGGAAUAUUUCAGAUGUACAUGGAAUUACAGUGGGCAGUAUCAAUCACAAACUUUUAAUGUACACGGAUGAUAUGCUGCCCCUACUAAAUCCGUACCCACUUUACUAAACUGUACGGAAGCGUUCACUCUGUCAUCUGGAUGUCGCAUUAACUGGGACAAAUCUGAAGCUGUGUCUUUAUCAGGCUAUUUCCCAUCUACCCUUUUCCAACAGUGCAAAUUUCGCUGGGCUUCAAAAGACAUCAAAUAACUCCUCAUUAUAAAAAAUACGGUUGCAGAGAAUAUCAACUCACUCCUUCAGAAUAAGAUCAGAAUUUGGCAGGUGGAUGAAAAUCCACCUUUCGCUUUGGGGAAAAAUACAUUCUACUCAAAUGAUGACUGCACCUGUGAUUUAUUACAAACUAUCUCACCUUCCUCUGAAUAUACCCAAGUCCACUUCAGAGAUUUUGACUGACUCAUUUUAGAUUUUCUUUGGGGCUUUGGGGUAGAAAUCACAAGCCCACACAUAAAGAGUAGGAUUCUCUCUUCCCAACUUCAGAUCUGCUCUGCUUUCAAUAUCAAACAUGUAAGAUCAUGGAAACUGGAUAAUGGGGCAGAAGAAAAGCCAGGCUGGUUCCAAAUAGAGGCUGAAGCAAGUGGACGGCUGUCCCCUCAGUAUGACUUAUUUUGUACUAAACUGCUGUUAAAGAACAAUAAACUGAUUAUUGCUAAUAUAAACUUUUUGAACCAAAUGGUAGAUACUGUGAUGGAAAUCUCUAAUUAGUUCAUGCUUAAUUGAUUUGUAAUGCUUGGAUUGAUUUGUAAACAACUGUAUCUCAUCAGAUGUGUGGGGAACCACAAAUGCUAGAAUUGACUUCUUCUGAUAAUCUUAGAUUAUCAGAUAGUUAUUAGAAACUUGAAAGCCCCUGCGAGGGCAGAACUCACCCUGUUGCUCUGCUGAUGGUGUGAUUUCUCAGCUGCGCAGCUUAAUAAAAGAGACCACAAAGAAAUUUUACUCACUUUAUUAAAUAAAAUUGAGAAAAUUACACUAGAGGACAGAAUAUCCAUCCCCUUGUGAAGUAUGAACUACAGCAAUGACACAACUGGCAGCUUUUAAGUGUGACGUACUCUCUACUAGACAAACUGGAUCAAUACAUGUCUACUUGGGGCCCUUUUACUGACCGGUUUACUGUAAAUUAUUGUUGCUGUGAUGAUGCAAUGCUGUCAUGAUUUGCUGUACUUGUUUCAUGAGAAAUGCCAGUGUGGUGGUUCUUUUGUGUGUGUUUUUUAUUCAACUUAUUUGCUUGGAUGUGGGGAGUAAAUGACUGAACUUAAGGGCUUCCUGAUUUAGCAAAUUGAUCUCUCUCUGUUGCUAUCAUAUGGGUCUUCGUUGUGUGUUACUUUAAUAAAAAUGUUCUUUUGUAAAAUGAUAUGGAAUAAUGCUUUGUUUUCAAGUUCUCAGGAACACAGUGCGAUGGACGCUCUGUUUUGUCUGAAGUCACUUGGUAUCAGGGCUGUUCUCAUGAGAACCAACAUGUUCUCACCUGAGAAACAACGUCUGCUAUUCUUGUGAGAUCUGGUUAUAUGACAUGGCAUGGCUGGAAGUCAUGCCAGAGUUGACCUGGAUUCUCCUCGGAGCAACAGCCUUGCUCUCAAUCAGCUGAUUUGUGUAUGCAUCCUCUGCAAUCCUGAAUAAAUCCUCCUUGU